AUGCGAAGCCCUUCAGCGGUACCUCCACGGUAUGCUCGUAUUGUCGCUCAUCAUCCAUAUGUAGUUCUUAUAGCAGUAGCUGUAUUUGCUGGAACAUGUUUGGUCAUUCCUCUCACCACCAAAACCCUUCCAAAUUUCACAGACCCUCAAUUGGGAUUCGAAGCACGAGGCACAGCCCUGGCUCAAAGGCUUACAUCGUGGGAGAAUCUCAUUAGAUCCACAGGACUACAUGGACAACUCACUGUUAAUCCAAAGGAAUUGAAAUAUGAAAAUGACAUAUCUAAUAUUAUAUCUUCCUUUAAUACAAAAUUCAAGCGCAUCAAUGGAACAGCUGUUGCGGACAGGAUGACAGCAGAUGAUGAAGAUAUUGAUGAAGAUGUUUUUCCUCAUAUCUCACCAUCUACCACUCGUCCUAACAAUAUACCAGAAGUAUUGAAAGUCACCACUAACUGGAAAUAUUCAGACAAUACACCUGGGCGGACAGUGAGACCUGUGCAACUUUUACAGGGGGAGCGUCGUGUGCAAGCAGAUGAUAGCAUAAGUGUCUUGGAACAACAGUUGGGCAUUGAUGCUAGGUUUUCUGUAGGCGAUGAACAUCUGUGGACACACAAUCACACCCAUAUUUCCCAUGAUGGAUUUUUUUGCAAUGCUCCAAGUAUGGAUUAUGCACGUGUUGUAUUCAGUGGAAUUGAAAAUGGUGACCUCUUUACUUGGGAAGCAAUGCUUAGUAUGUGUCGACUUCAAAUUUUGUUAUCUCAAGGACCCCAGUAUCACCAUUUGUGUGAGACAUCAUCUCAUAACACAUGUUGUCAGCCAUGGUCACUCCCUAAUUACAUUACUUUACUUCAAAAUAGAACGUCCUGUCUCAACAUUACCAAAGAAGAUUUAAAUGCUACCUUAUUACUCUUGAUGGAGUGUGCACCAUACUUCCAUAAUUUGAAACUUACUCCUGGGAGUCAAGAAGCACCUUCUCAUUGCAUUCGACAUGAUGCUGUGUAUAAUAUAAUGUAUUAUUUGGUUGACACUGGAUUUCUUCCUCCAAAUGAUAGCAGAAAUGCUACAAUUCUUAGUACAAUGCUUAUUUUGCCAUUAGCAUGUUCAUUUCAAUCGCUGGAUUAUUAUACUUUUCUUCAAGAUAAAAAAUUAGAAGAUGGUAAUGUGAGAGUAGUGGCUAUGGAAUUUGGUCUGAAAAAUAAACUUUUUGAUGAGAGUCUCAUACGAGACACUUGGAUGAUUGCUGCUGGAGGCUUAUUUGUGUUAAUUUGUAUGUGGAUGUACACUAGCUCCAUUUUUAUUACUGCAAUGACAGUCAUAGCCAUUGCUUUUUCCUUAGGAAUCUCAUACUUCAUGUAUACAUUGGUGUUUGAAUUGCGCUUUUUCCCAUUUAUGAACUUACUGGCUUCAAUAGUUGCUGUGGGUAUUGGGGCAGAUGAUGCUUUCAUUUUUUGCAAAGUAUGGCAAUGUGCGAAAGGAGAAAAAAAUAAUGGCACUCUAGUGAAAUUAGUACAUGACACAUUGAAACAUGCUGUUGUGUCUAUGCUUGUGAGUUCAGUCACAACAGCUGCAGCCUUUUAUGCUGGAUAUGUGAGUAAUAUUACAGCCAUCCGAUGUUUCAGUGUUUUUGCAGGCACUGCCACAUUGGCUAACUUCUUACUUAUGGUAACAUGGCUACCAGCAAGUGUGGUCGUUUCGGAACGAUGGUGUUGUCCUCCAGUGGUGCCACUACAGUGGGACAGUAAGUUACGACCAGCAAGAGCUGCUGCAGGACAGGCUCGUGCUGCUCUAGAUCGCUUGCUGGUGUGGGCAGUCCUGAGGCUGCGUUAUCUUUGGCUCCUCCUGCUUGGGGGAGCAGCUGUAGCAGCUGUUGUGGUUGUGUUUUAUCACCCACGGUUAAAGCUUCCAGAUUCUCGAGAUUUUCAGCUAUUUGAUAACCAUCAUCCAUUUGAACAGUAUGAUUUGGUGUAUAAAGAUAAGUUCAUGUUUGAACAUUUGAGUCAGAAGAAUGAUUUGAACAUGAAGCUUCCUUUGCGCUUCGUGUGGGGUAUAGUGCCACAAGAUAAUGGUGACUAUAUGGAUCCUUCUUCUCGAGGAACAUUGCAGUUUGACAGAACAUUUGACAUGGCUGAUCCUGAAUCGCAAACCUGGCUUUACCAAUUCUGUAGGAAUUUGCGAGCUCAGCCCUUCUACCAAUCAACUCGUGGCCCUCUCUUGCCAAACUGCUUUAUAGAAAGUUUUAUUAGCUGGAUGCAUCGACGAUGUAAAGAUCCAAGUGGUGAAAAUAACAGAGCUCCUUGUUGUGAAACAUCUCUUUUUCCUUAUAGAAAGAAGGUUUUUGAAAAUUGCAUUGUUGACAGUAUUGCUAGUCUCUACGAAACCCCUCAUGAAAUUGCUUUACCAGGAGUUGCAGGUCCUAAGUUUUCAAGAAAUUUGAAGAAACCUCGAAUUAAGGCUGUUGUUGUGGAGUAUGACAGUAACCAUUCAUACUCUAUGUCCUUUACGGAAAUGAAUGCAUUUUACCAAAAGGUGGAAAAAUGGAUGGAAAGCCAACUUGCAACAGCUCCUCCUGGAAUGAGAAAUGGUUGGUUUGUCAGCGAACUGGAUUUUUAUGACCUACAGCUAACCCUUUCUGAAGAUACAUUACUGGCAAUUGGUGUAGCAAUGGGCAUCGCUUUAGUUGUUCUUCUUCUUGUGACUUUAAAUGUUCUUAUAAGUUUAUAUGCUGUUCUUACCAUUACGUGCAUUAUCUUUGUUACAGUAGCAAUUCUUGUAUUGUUGGGGUGGAAACUAAAUGUUUUAGAAUCAAUCGCAGUGUCUGUAGCUAUAGGACUAGCUGUAGAUUUCAGCCUUCAUUAUGGAGUGCAUUAUCGGAUCUGCCCCGAGGGAGGUGAUAGGGAAACUGCUGUCACAUAUGCAGUUUCUAGAAUGGGUGGUCCUACAGCCAUGGCAGCUUUAACAACUGCUGCUGCAGGAGCGUUUAUGCUCCCAUCAUCUGUUCUUGCCUACAUCCAGAUUGGAAUCUUUUUGGUGGUAGUGAUGCUAGUGAGUUGGGUAUAUUCAACAUUCUUUCUGGGAUCUCUUUUGCGUGUGGGAGGCCCCCAACAUGGCUUUGGCCAGUUUUCGUAUCCCAGUUGUGAUUGUGGAGAAGGUUCUGCCUCUGGGAGUGGUGUUGGGACACGAGGCCGAGAACGAAUGGUGGGAGAUGUAGCUGCAUAUGCAAAUGUGCUCUCAGAGUCAACUUUGUCAACUUCAAGCACAAUGUGUGCAUUGCAUCCAAGUGCAAAUGAGAGCCAUGAGCUAGAAGCGCUCACGUCACGUAGUCGACACAAGAGCUUACGGCGCACUGGUAGUUUGUCUGCUGCUCUUCCUUCAGCCGUAGGUACAGCCAACCGUGCAGCAGUCACACGGAAGGUAUCACUGCCUGUGGAACAGUCUCCUUCUGCAGCUAGUGCAACUACUAUAGUGUUAACUGAUGACCUAGAAACAGACUGUGCUCGCCAUAGAGAUGAUUUUCUUUUGAAGCAUUAACCCUUUUCAGUGGUUCUCAGCUCUGAGUUUUGUCAUGUUCUGAUAGGGUGAUGCUGAAAGUCAAUGUUUGAAUUAGAGUGACUGCAUUUCAUAUUGUGUUGAAAACACUGCAAGGUUCCACUUAAAGAAAGAGUUUUGAGUUAUUGUAGCAACUUGUGAAUUGCUUUUAUAAAGAAAAAUUGAAAUUGAUUGAUGUUGUUAUGCUUCCAAUUUGUCUCUUUCUUUCCUUUUUGUGUGAUUUGCAGUCACAUUUUGCCAUGAAUGAUACGAAAGAUAAAGUAACAUUUGUGCAAUUUCAGUUAUUUGCUGAUUAGGAGAAUCACUGUUAAUAUUGUUCUUUCAAAUGUUGGCCUUGAUGUCUUUUACUAUAGAAUGCAUCAGACAUGGUUGUGGAAUUUUAUUGCAAUAGCAUAUCUUGUAGACUGGAAAGUAGUUAAAAUACAUUUGUGAUUUGCUCUGGAAUUGGCUGAAAGGGGAUUUUAUUAGAUUGAGGAGUCACUUGUGAAGGUUUCUGUCUCUGUUGCUGGAGGCAUUUUAUUUGUUGAUGACAAUCUAGGUAGGUCAUAAGGCACUGUCGUAGCAAUUGUAGUAGUUGUGAAUUGCUUGGUGCUCUACCAAUACACAUUUCUACACUGUUUGUCUGAUGACUCACAAGGAAAGUAAUGAUACAUUGGAAAUUGUCUACAUAUUGUAGUCUUUCUAAACUGUAUUUCGUGAAUUGUUGUCUUUUGCAAAGAAGACUGUUGAAAACAUGUGUUAAUGUUUGAAAAAUUAACAGUGCAUCUCAAAAAUAAUGUUUAAUAUGGCCAAUAUGUCACAUUAAUGGCAUUACUUGUGCUAUUCUCAAAGAAGAGAUGUAUUGCUGAGAACCACUGUCUUAUCUUGCAUUCCAAAUUUAUGGCCUAUGGCUGUAGUCAUCCUCAUAAGAGAUUGUCAGUUUCUUGUGAAAAUCAUACAUCGUAGAUUGCAACGUUUUUGAAAAUGAUUCAUAAUCUGAUCUCUUCUGAUUAAAAAAAAUUGUAGCAGAAGAGGAUUUGUUAUUUUUAAAUGAAACAGUAUUAAUUAGAUGCACAAUACAUUACAAUUAUUAUUAUAUAUAUAUGUACUGCUGUUGUGAAUUGGAAUGUGAUAUUUUUGUAUGUUGAUUUGAAGGUGAUAAUUAGUUAUACUACUAUGAAGUUCGUGAUUAAAUUAAAAAUGCUAAUAAAGUAAUCUUUACGUGAGUGGUCAAUAUAUUACGUUGUUGACGGACAUUAAAUUAAAAGUUGCUAAUGCAAAAUCAAAAAAGUGGCCAUAAUAUUGUUGCUUUUUAUAGUAAUAUAUGGUUUUAUAUGUACAAUUUACAGGAGAGUACUCUGUAAUCUUGAUUGUUACAAAGACAUCUUCAUUAAUAGUUUAUCUCUAAUGUUAUAUUUCUCAGUUCUAGCUUUCUUGUCGAAUAGCAACCUUAGAACAGAUUUUCAUUUUUCGUUUGUUUGGAACAAUUUUAGAAUGAGGUGAAAAGGUAAAGCUGGAACUGGGUAAUUAAAUGUGCUUAAUUUGGUACAUAACUUAUAAUUAGUUAGUUAAAAUACUUUGAAUAUUUUUAAUAGAAAUCUUGGAUGACUAUUAAACAUAGUACAUAUGAAAACUAACAUACGAUAUAAUCAACUGAGAUAUCAUUACUUUAUAAAAAUAUUUAAAAUGUUUAUUGUGAGAUUUAUAAAUAUAUACAUUGUUUUAAAAUUACAAUCUGACAAGAGAAUGAUAUGAUAAUUCAGAUUGUUUUUAUUCUUUUAUAUUUAAGGUAAAUCAAAUAUCUUCCACACCAGGCUCUUUAUCAGAGAUGUGAAAUGACUGGUCUUAGAAUAAAAAUAUGAUUUCUAAUAUCUGGUCAUACAGUGUACUUAUUGUAUUGUAUUCAGUCAUUUCAACAAAAGAUAUUGAGCAUAAAAGUUUGGAAGAACCAUGCUGUACAGCAUGUGUCACUCAUAUGUAUAGUGGACUGGUCAAUCUCUCUCUUUGUAUGUCUCUAUGAGGCUUGUUUGAUGAAAAUAACCUGUGAUAAUGUUUCCAUGCGCCAUGAUAUUGUCUGUUAAUUGUAGUUGAUUCUAAUCUGCUAGUGUAGUGUAGCAUUCUUGUACUGAUGGCUUGUUGCUCCCAUGUCUACUUUAUAAGACAUAUACCUAUCAAUGUUAUGUUAGGGGUAUGCAGGUGUUUAAAGUCACAUUACGAAACUAUCUGAUGGUGCAUGACUCUUUCUGGGAUGUGUUCUAAAACUUCUUUUUCCAAUCUAGAAAUUGAACUGUAGUUUGAAUUAUAGCUGUAGACUCAUUAGUUUCUACGAAGAAAUUUUGGAGUUAAAAGGAUAUUGUUGGAAAAAUGAGGCAGUAUUUUAUGGCUACAUUUCAAGAUUUCUUGUUCAGAAAUCAGAACAUAUUGGAAUAUAUUUUAAAUAUGGAAGCAUACAUAGCCUUAUGUUUACUUUUGUAAUGACUAGUUGGCUAAUGUGUAACUGUAAAUCAGUAUUUAUCUUCCUAAGCAUCUUGACUGUUUGAAAAGCACAAAAUGAAGUUAAUGUUCAACACUCAUUUUCAUUAUCAAUAUUUUGAGUUCAUGCUAGUUGUAUUGUCAUGAACUAAAAUGUGUUCAUUGACUAUUCUUGAUACAGAAUGUAGUCUUCCUCUUUCACUGUUCUACCUUAGUUUUAUCCUUGAAAUAUGGGAUCAUAAAGUAUUAAUAAUGUAUAUUGGUAUAUCUGGCACGAUGGUACUUCUAUUUUGUGUCAGUGUAUAGUGAAUAAUGGAAUUCAUCCACUUUGCUUGCAAAUAGUGUAUAAUAAAAUAUGGUAAGUGCCAAAGAUGUACUUCAGUAUUUUACGGUUCUAAAGUAUUUCAUGUUUUAACCAGUGUACAUAAAAUAUAUUCAUAUAUAACCUGGAAAGUAUAUUGUGUAUUAUUUUGUGACAAAAUAAUCAGUAUUGUUAUUCUAUUUCCUGGGCACUUGCGUACCCCUAAUAAGUGUGAUUGAAAUAAAUAGGUGUAUUUGUAUGUGAAAUUGACGUGUGUUGCAAGCUCAUUCAUGAUGGUUGUUGUUGGGCAUGGUAUGUUAAGCCUGAACGCCCAUACUUGUCUCUUUCAGUAUAAGCUCAAGUAUUCAUUGAGUUCCUGAGCAACAGAACUUAAAAUAUUUGAAACCAGUGAAUGUAGAGGGGAUCGGAGGUAUUACUAGCAUGUGUUAGUGUAAAAAUGUUAGUUCAUAACAUGAAUCUUAUGCUGUCAUGGGCAUACAUAAAAUAACUUAAGUUUUCAUAUACAUGUACAGAAAUAAGUAAUUAAUUUGUAUUGACUGAAUCACAUUAAGUGUAUUUACCUAUUUGAUGUUCCUCAUGCUGGUAUGAAUCUGGUCCCAAAAUUCAUUGUUGUAUGUUACAAGGUUACCUGUUGCAAUUAUAAUGUUGAUAGUGUGGUGUUAACUUCAAUGCUCUUUCAGAAUCAGAAUCAGAAUGUGCACUUCUGUGGCAGUAGCAUUGUUGCAGUGAAGUUGUUGGAUACUUUGAAAAGAAAGAUGGCCUACAGAACAUUUGUAUUAUUUUUGGUCCAGUGUAUGGGCCAUGCUCAAGAUGAUAAAAGACUUUCUACUUGUAUUUAGUGUCCUGUGUGGACCAUGGUGGGCUGGCACCAAAUCUGAGGUCGCCUUGUGUGUGACCUUAGGUUUUUGCCUCUAAUUCUGUAGCCUGUGUGUCUCUUCAACUAUUUGUAGUCUUUGUAUGUGUCAGAUUCGAUAUAUUGAAAUACAAAUACUUCAUCAUCUAUAGUAUCUUUUUAAAUACCUACAAUUAGAUCAGCAUAGGCUUGAACUACUGUUCAUAAAUGAUCCCACUUUGAUUUGUAUCAAUUCCUGUAAUGAAAAUGGUUUUGUUGUGUUAAUGUUCUGUUGUGUUCCGUUAAUGUUGAAGUUUUGUUGUGUUGUAAAUUCUAAAUACUCUAUUUGUGGGGGGUCCCAAGUUUCAAGGUAAAAAUAUUAGAAUGAUAGUAUCCUUACAAUCACAUUUGCUUAAAAAAGGGUUCAGAAGCAGUUUUUUGAAACCACAAAAUUCUGUUUUUGACCUGUAAACUUUGCUAGUGGAUUAGUGCUGUAUAGGGUGAGCAUCCCCCU